AUGGCUAUCUCCUCCUCAUUCAAAUCCUCCCCUUUCCUCCACUGCGGUCCAAACGCCGAAACUGACUCCCUCGCCAUACUUCACCUAAAGCGUGACCUCCUUAUCCCUACUGUUCUCCGCUCCCAUGAUGAGCUAAACGAAGGCUACUCGGAAGGAAAAGUCUCAAAUACACGAUUCGGCUCUUUCCCACAUAGCACCUUGAUUGGUGUACCAUGGGGCUCACAAGUGCGAGCUUCGAUCGUUGACACUGGAUCGAGAGGACGCAAAGGUUGGGAGGGAAAGGGCAAGAAAAGGAAGAGGGACAAGGAGAGUCAGGCUCAGGAUGAUGUGGCUGGUGUAGAGAAGAAGCAAAAGGUCGAAGUAGAAUCGAAAGCAGCCGUGAAAGCAGCUACUGGAUUUGUGCAUCUGCUACCACCUACCCCAGAGAUAUGGACGGCUUCAUUACCCCAUCGGACCCAAGUUGUCUACACGCCUGACUACAGCUACAUUCUCCACCGACUUCGAGUGACACCUGGCACGGUCCUGAUCGAAGCAGGUGCUGGCAGUGGAUCUUUCACACAUGCUGCGGCAAGAGCGGUCUACAAUGGCCAUCAGAACACCAACACCGAAGACUCAACGCAAGAUUCGAUAAUGAAGCGUUGGGGGAAAGUCUGGAGCUUCGAGUUCCAUGAGCAGCGAGCACAAAAGUUGCAAGAAGAAAUUGAGGAACACGGGCUUAAUGGCAUCGUCGAACUCACAUACCGAGAUGUCUGCCAGGACGGCUUUACACCCAAUGAUACUCCCGCAUCAGAGUUGAAAGCUAACGCCAUAUUCCUCGACUUGCCUGCUCCUUGGCUCGCCCUCAAAAACCUGACCCGUGCCUCCCCCUCGUCGCCCCUCUCACCAACAACCGCCAUCCACCUCUGCACCUUCUCCCCCUGCAUCGAACAAGUGCAACGUACCAUCACCACUCUACGUACUCAAGGCUGGACAGAAAUAGAGAUGGUGGAGAUCGCCGCCCAUCGCAUAGAAGUCCGGCGGGAGCGGGUUGGACUCGCUGAAGAAGGGCUUAGAGGUGUCAACGAUUCACCUGCAUCCGUCGACGAAGCGAUUGAAAGACUGAGAGAGGUAGAGGGGCGGUCGAGGAUAUUUCGUAACGAAGGUAAUGAAGGGGAAGAACAAGCAACAGCGCCAGGUCCAGCUCAGGUGUCGAAGCAGCAGCGGCUGGAGAAUAUACGGCAUGCAUUGGAAGGAAGGAAGUUGUACAAGGAGGGGAGAUUGAUACACAGAGCGGAGCCGGAGAUCAAGACGCAUACAUCUUAUCUAGUCUUUGCGAUCUUGCCUCGAGGAUGGAGUGAAGAGGAUGAGGAGUUGGCGCAAGGGAAGUGGCCGGCCAAGGCAGAGGUCAAGGAAGAAAACGGUGGGCCCAUUAGCAAGAGGCAGAAGAAGAAAGGCGCAAAGACUAGAGCUGGGGGAAAUAAAGAACUUGAGAUAGAAGCGUCGAUGAAAGCUUAA